ACGGACUCCUUUUCUUCGGUCUUCACUCCAUUUGGACAAACUUCGGAAAGCGGCUACUCAACGCCUGGAACUAGUAAACUCCCAAGCCCUGCUGAGGCAGCUACUGCGCCUGGUGGAAAGACUUCAUCGGCCCUCGAAGUACAAAUCCCUGCUAGAAGCAGGCUUCAGGGACCCAGUGGAGAUGAGCGAGCACUACGGCACAGCAUCUACUCAUUGAACUCAACCACCAAGAGCAGGAAAGUGACAGAAGUUCAGGAUACAGAUGAAGAGGACGAUGACUUUUCAGGAAGUGCUCGUGAUGCUAAAGUUGCUCGUCACCUGCAAAAUGAGUUCCGUAUGGAAAGUCUGAGGUCCCGUCGUACUAAGGUUACUGCUGCACAGCCGUCUCUCUCAACUGAAAUCCAAGGCAAACGAACAAGAUCCCUCUCGGGACCUUCUGCAGCGCACAAGCGACCUAGCAAAAAGAGCAAAACCAUUCCCGACUCUGACGAUCUGUCUGACGUUGAUAUGGACAUAGAUGCUGAAAUUGCUGCUGGCCUUGCAUUGGCCGAUGACGAAUUAAUCGGCGAGGCCCCUUCAUCUGGUGAAGAAACUGAAGAUGAAGGUGAAGAUGAGGUUGAAGAUGUUGAUGAAGAUGAAGUUGAAAUAGCAGCUUCAACUGACGAUGAGCCUUUGGCGACUAAGAGGAAGAAGAAGCCUGCAAGAGUUGUUGCUAAGCGCGCCGCGGCUGCUCGACCGUCCGCCAACCUGGCAGAUGCUCCCAUUGCCGAUUCGGAAUCUGGAAUGUCUGCGCUCCCGUCUGACUUCUCAUCCGGCCUGUCAUCUGGCACCAACUCUGCAUCUAAUAGUGAUAGUGAGAGCUCUGCUGUUCACCAAGAUACGAGACCAUUGCCUGGGGAACUGCGGAGAAUUGCAGCUCGCAGACGUGCAUUUAGAAGGGCCAAAAACAAAAGUCGUACUGCCAAGGAACGAGAUCGACUUGAAAAGCAUCACCCUGAGCUAGGCACUAUGUGGAAAGACUUGGAAAACAUGCCUGUGAUGAAGGCUGGCAGAAUAGACCAGCCGGCGAGCAUCUCAAGGCAGUUAAAGCCGUUCCAGCUCGAGGGUGUUGCAUGGAUGAAGGCAAUGGAGACCACAGAGUGGAAAGGAGGUCUUUUGGGUGAUGAAAUGGGACUCGGCAAGACGAUUCAAGCGGUCUCCCUCAUCAUGUCUGACUACCCGGCUAAGCAACCCACUCUGGUCCUCGUUCCUCCUGUCGCCCUGAUGCAAUGGCAAUCGGAAAUCAAGUCUUACACAGAUGGAACGCUAAAGACGUUUGUGUUUCAUGGAACUAAUCAGAAAGCAAAAAACAUCACCGUGAAAGAGCUGAAGAAGUUCGAUGUUAUUAUGAUGUCCUACAACAGCCUUGAGUCGAUGUACCGCAAGCAAGAAAAGGGUUUCAAACGAAAGGACGGCAUACACAAAGAAAAGAGUGUCAUUCAUGCCAUCAAUUUCCAUCGCACCAUCUUGGAUGAAGCACAUUGUAUCAAAACGAGAACCACAAUGACCGCCAAAGCCUGUUUCGCCUUGCAGACAAAUUACCGUUGGUGCUUGAGCGGCACACCUCUACAAAACCGAAUCGGAGAGCUUUUCUCCUUGGUGAGAUUCCUCAACAUCAAGCCCUUUGCGUCAUAUCUCUGCAAGCAAUGCCCUUGCUCAACGCUUGAGUGGUCUAUGGAUGAAAACAGUCGCUGUUCCGACUGCGGGCAUGCAGGCAUGCAGCAUGUAUCUGUCUUCAAUCAGGAGCUCCUUAAUCCCAUUCAGAAAUUCGGUAACCUGGGCCCUGGCAGAGAGGCCUUCAAGAAACUACGGCUGAUGACGGAUCGUAUCAUGCUACGGCGACUCAAGAAGGACCACACUAAUUCCAUGGAGCUUCCUGUCAAGGAAGUUCAUGUUGACCGUCAAUUUUUCGGAGAAGAGGAAAAUGACUUUGCCAACAGCAUUAUGACCAACGGACAGCGCAAAUUCGACACCUAUGUUGCGCAGGGUGUUCUUUUGAACAAUUAUGCCAAUAUCUUUGGUCUAAUCAUGCAAAUGAGACAAGUUGCCGAUCACCCUGACUUGAUAUUGAAGAAGAAUGCAGAUGGGGGCCAAAAUGUUUUGGUCUGCUGUAUUUGUGACGAACCAGCAGAGGACACCAUCAAAAGCCGUUGCAAGCACGAUUUCUGUAGAGCGUGUGUCUCUAGCUAUAUUAAAUCGACCGAUGAGCCUGACUGCCCGCGGUGUCAUAUCGGCCUGGUUAUCGACCUUGAGCAACCAGAAAUUGAACAAGACGAAGCUUUGGUCAAGAAGUCCUCGAUUAUCAAUCGUAUCAAGAUGGAGAACUGGACAUCAUCCUCCAAAAUCGAGCUUCUUGUUCACGAACUUCACAAGAUGCGAUCUGACAACGCCACGCACAAAUCAAUUAUUUUCUCCCAAUUCACCACAAUGUUGCAACUUAUCGAAUGGCGCCUUCGGAGAGCAGGAAUCACGACUGUCAUGCUUGAUGGCAGCAUGACUCCUGCCCAGCGGCAGGCCUCAAUUGAGCACUUUAUGAACAACAUCGAUGUGGAGUGUUUCCUUGUUUCACUCAAGGCUGGUGGUGUUGCACUCAACCUCACCGAGGCGUCACGAGUCUUCAUUGUUGACCCUUGGUGGAACCCGGCAGCUGAGUGGCAGUCUGCUGACCGCUGCCAUCGUAUUGGACAGCAACGGCCCUGCGUCAUCACACGUCUUUGUAUCGAAGACUCUGUGGAAAGUCGAAUGGUGUUAAUUCAAGAAAAGAAGACGAGUAUGAUCCAUUCUACUGUCAAUGCUGAUGACAAAGCAAUGGAUACUUUGAGCCCUGAAGACAUGCAAUUCCUUUUCCGCGGCUCGUAA